AUGGUUGAAGACCUAUCAAUUAUUGAACGUAUUUGGUGUUCUUCGCAAUGGCAGGAUGCGGUGUUUGCAGUGGUGUACGGUAGGUUAUUGCUAUCUGAAAAACUACAAAAUGUUCAAUCAAAUACUUAUCGAUAUGGAAAAGAUCCACAAUGCAUUGCGGACUAA